AUAUAAAAAGAAAAGCAGUAGCUCUGUCUGCCUGUCUCUAGCUAACACCUCUCUGGUUUUACGCCGGUUGGCAGCUUAAAGCCUUAAACCGCUCAGCUCUUCCUUUAUUUAUGUCCACCUGCGAUUGCUGUCGACACCUCCUCCUCUUCCCUUCUCUUUCUGUGUUUUCUCCAUAUAGAGACACCACCAAAUCACAGAAACUGGGUUGUUGCAUGCAUUGUAUUUCUAGCCCCAGCUAUCUGGAGCUCAUCAAACUUUAGUUUAAACGAUCUCUUGAUGAAAACCAAAAAAUAAAGAUAAAACGAUAGAGUUUAAAGCACUUUCUUUUUAGUAGGUAUUUUGCUUAGCUAGUAGCUUCGUGACUAUCGUCCUUCAGACAUGGGAUGUGGGUGUUUUUGAGCAAGUAACAGUUACGAGAAAGAAGAGAGAGAGAAGGAAAUUAAUAAUGGCACCAGCUACUAACUGGCUUUCUUUUUCACUCUCUCCAAUUGAAAUGUUGAGGUCAUCUGAAUCUCAGUUCAUGUCUUAUGAAAGCUCCUCUUCUGCCUCUCCUCACUACUUGUUCGAUAACUUCUAUGCUGAUGGCUGGGCAAACCCCAAAGAAUCACAAGUCACGACCACAACAAUGGCGGAGAGCUCUAAUAUUCUGACAAGCUUUAUAGGCCCAGAAUCUCAACACCAGCAAGUCCCAAAACUGGAGGAUUUUCUUGGAGACUCUUCAUCAUCUAUUAAUAUUCGAUAUUCGGAUAAUAGCCAGACAGAGACCCAAGACUCGUCCCUGACCCACAUCUAUGAUCAUCAGGGCUCUGCAGCCGCUUACUUCAACGAGCAACAAGAUCUUAAAGCAAUUGCUGGGUUCCAAGCUUUUUCGACUAACUCAGGCUCAGAGGUUGAUGACUCGGCUUCAAUAGCUCCCACACAGCUUGGUGGUAUUGAGUCGACUGGGAACGAGUUGGGGUUCUCUAAUAAUGCGGCCUUGUCACUUAGGGUGAAUAAUGAUACUAGCAAUAAUCAGGGUGGCUCUACAGAGAAGCUUGCUAUUGCUUCUGCUGACAACGAUUGCUCUAAAAAGAUUGCUGACACCUUUGGUCAGCGAACUUCUAUUUACAGAGGAGUUACCAGACAUCGAUGGACAGGCAGAUAUGAAGCGCAUCUAUGGGAUAACAGCUGUAGGAGAGAGGGUCAGGCUAGAAAAGGGCGUCAAGUAUACUUAGGUGGGUAUGAUAAGGAAGAAAAGGCAGCAAGAGCUUAUGACUUGGCAGCUCUAAAAUACUGGGGUCCAACUGCAACCACCAAUUGCCCUGUUUCGAAUUAUACUAAAGAACUGGAGGAUAUGAAGUACGUGUCCAAGCAAGAAUUCAUUGCCUCAUUGAGGAGGAGUAGUAGUGGUUUUUCACGUGGAGCCUCUAUUUACAGGGGUGUCACAAGGCAUCAUCAACAGGGUCGUUGGCAAGCAAGGAUAGGCCGUGUAGCUGGAAACAAGGAUCUCUACCUUGGAACAUUUGCCACAGAAGAGGAAGCAGCUGAGGCGUAUGAUAUAGCUGCCAUAAAGUUUAGGGGUCUUAAUGCUGUGACUAAUUUCGAGAUGAACCGAUAUAAUGUUGAAGCUAUCAUGAAGAGUGCUCUUCCAGUUGGUGGAGCAGCGAAGCGCUUAAAGACAUCACUAGAUGCCGAGCAUAAACCAAAUGUAAGCGACAACCACCAGCCCCAGCCGCGGUGCAACAGCUAUAGCACCAACAACAACAUCAGUUUUGCUGCUAUCCAGCCAGCUUCUACUGCAGCCCCAUGUGGUAUUACAUUUGAUGCUUCCACGGCGCUUUAUCAUCACAACCUCGUCCACCACCUCCAAACCACCAACAACUUCGCAGCAAGUGACUCCUCCGGUCCCACCUCAUCCAUGGCAACUGCAAUGACUACUUUGCCGCAAACAGCUGAGUAUUUUGCAUGGCCUCACCAAACUUAUUGACCAAAUCGCAGUUUUGACAUCAGGAAUUCAGCUAACAUGCUGUAGCAACAAACCUUCACUUCUAGGUGGAGCUUCUAGCUAUAGCUUGCUAGCUGAAAACUUUAGCUGACCCACCUUACCCUAAUGUUUACUUCAACUUUUGGUGCUGGACUGGUAAAGGUAUAGGAGGUUUUUUUUUUGGUUUAAUAUAGUACUAGUUAUGGCAGGAUGCUGGAUUUUGUAUGCGACUGUUUUAAGUGGGUGUUAGAUAAGACCUGUUUCAUUAAUGAUGAAGGAGAUCCAUCUGGUUGUGGGAAGGUUUUGAA